AUGGCUGCUCCAGGAGGCGCCGCUGCAGGUAUCCCAAACAACCGAGGGCCACCGCGGAGGAACGGAAGGUCGGCUGAGAAGAUCACGGAAAUAAUCCUCAGCUACGACGCCAAGCCGACCUUGUUCAAUACUAGGCGGGCGUGGACUAUCCUCGGGUAUGGCAACAGCCCGAUGCCUUCCAAGGCCAAUUUCGUGCGACAGACCAACGCGCUGUGGAACUUCCACUCGCGGCUCCAAACAACCAGCGCAAAAAAAGCUAGUGCAUACAUGCUAGACGCUCUGAGGACUCUGGGGUUCCGCAGCCCACGGUGGCACGUCGGCCUCCCGCGGCUCCGGAUGACGGAAAUGGACCGCCGCGAGAAUCCUAACCGCUUUGAAGAUCUGGACGGACCUCGCCUGGAGGCCGGGAUUGCCGGCUACAACGAAGCAGCUGACAUGAACACGCGCUACCAGACGCCAUUCCUGUUCCGCAGGGUCCAGGCUCGCUCUGGCAGUCUUUCCUACUGGCGGGGCGGAGAGAGGCAGCAGAGCAGGGUGAGGAGGCAGAGUGGCGGCAGGAUCAUAUGGAAUCAUUGGGAGGUCAAGGGCCGUAUAUGGGCGUGGUUCAUGCAGAGCCUCUACGACCGGGACGCCGUGCGGUGGCGUGACUACCACAGGCUGAACCGCCUCUCGACAACCAACGACCCCGACUCUGGCGAACUAAGCCUGGUGCGCGCGCUCCACGCGGGCCAGGCCCAAGGGAAGCCCGCAUUCUGCAGCGAAGAGAUCCUAUGGGUGUGGCCGACUACUUCUGUGCCCAAAUCGUUGUGUUUGAGCCCGACACAGACGCCGAAGCGGAUGGCGCCGAAGCGGAUGGCGGGCAUGGCGGGCCGCAGCUCCCGGGCGCAGGUCCGCAUCUCCCGGGCGCCGGUCCGUAUCUCCCGGGCGCAGGUCCGCAUCGUGAGCAGUCACCGACCGCUACCCGGCGGCAACGCCUCAUGGACGCCCGAGCAGAAGAUGACCCGCGAGCUAUCCCGCUUGAUCGCUACCAAGAUCAAGUUGCAUACAAAUACUCCCGACUGGAGGAACUUUGACCCCGUGGACUCGGACCGCAACCCGCUCCACGCUAGCCAGGGCUACGCACAGCCGCAAGUUCCCGAAAGGGGUCCGUUUGUGUGGCCGGGAUCUGACAAGGCCAGCAAUUUCCAGGCGUCGCUCGACAUCAGGGGUAGGGGCUUUGAGAUGCCCGACGCGGCGACGCGGGCCUCGUGGGACACGUACCAAGAGGCCGACAUGGAGAACGCGCCGGAGCCAGAGGACUGGCAGCUGCGCUUCGGGCGGACACCGCCGUGGCUCAACAACGAGCGCCGGCCGAGAAGGACGGCAGACAUGGACUACGGGCUGCUUGACGACCCGUAUCUUCUGUACGGGAAAGAUUUUACUGACUUUGGUCUUGGGAUUGGGCUGUAG